AAUUGAACUUGUAAAUUUAAUAAAUGGUUUAAAAUUUGCAUAGUUACCAAAGAGCUUGUCCUGCGAUAACAGGGCAAUCAGUUCAGAGGAGGGGAAGUCAUUCACGCAAAAUGCGUUCAAUGACUCUUCAUUCCAUCUUGAAUUGUGUACUUCUAUGGGUACUAACUCAAGGUGAUCAUAGCCUCGAGAACAAUGAAAUAGACGGCAAAGUUUACACAAACUCUUGGGCCGUUCAACUUGAUACGCACGAGCAAUCAGUGGCGGAUAGAGUGGCGAGGAGCUUUGGUUUUGAAAACCGCGGUGCGAUUGCAAAUUUAGCUGGAUAUUUUCACUUUGUUCAUGGACAAACUGGUAGUCAUCAAAAGCGCAGUGCGGACCAUCACACUCAGCCCUUACUAAAGCACCCCCGGGUCAGAUGGGCUAAACAACAAACUCUGCUUUUCAGGUAUAAAAGGGGGUUCGAGGCUAUAGAGCAAACUCGUUCGCGUAAUCGUCGUACACAGGAAAACCGGAGAUAUUUUGAUGACCCAGAAUGGCCAAAGCAGUGGUAUCUUUACGAUAACGGCGAGGAGCCAAGCGGGAAUCUGGGAGUAUUGGAAGCUACUAAGCGCGGUUAUACUGGGAAAGGGGUAGUUGUCACUAUCGUCGAUGAUGGCUUGGAUCAUAGACAUCCGGAUUUAAGCGCAAAUUAUGAUCCAGAGGCCAGCAGAGACGUGAAUGAUAAUGAUGACGAUCCUACUCCAGAUGAUUCUAAACCUGACAACGCUCAUGGAACGGAAUGUGGCGGGGAGGUGGCGGCAACUGCUGGAAAUGGGAUUUGUGGUGUGGGAGUUGCUUAUAACGCUUCACUCGGCGGAAUCAGAAUGCUUGACGGAGCUGUUACUGAUGUUGUCGAAGCAGAAGCCCUUGGUUACAAAUGUGAUUAUAUUGAUAUUAAAAGUGCAUCCUGGGGUCCAAAAGAUGAUGGCAAAACAUUUGGCCUUCCGAGCGAACUCGCCAGUGAGGCGAUGAAAAACUGCGCUCUGCACGGCAGACAAGGUUAGUAUUCUAUUGUCCUUCUUUAUUGUUAGCUGCAUUCUUAUUUUCAACAUUUAUAAAUAUUAGCUAGGUGUUCAUUUUUUAAAGAGUAAUUUCAAAGUAGAUUUUCUGUGGCAAAGUGACCUAUGUAUCAUACAUUUCAAAGAGACCAACUUUUUCUUGGAUGCCUAUGGUUUCGUCAUCCCUGACGCUGCUGCCUCCGCUGUUUCAAAAGUUCAUCCUUUGAUGCGCAGAUUCCGCUUUAGUUUUUCCUUGUCGCUUAAGGAAAACUCCAUGAACAAACGCUGAUGAAACUCGAUUAUUUUUUAUUAUUACUGUUAUUUAGGGACUGAGCAGUUACAUAACUGAAGCACAAAUCUUUGAAAACGUAUUUUGGUGAUAUGUAUGGGGAAAAAGUCAACCGCACGAAUGUUCACCAAGAGAGAGCUUAUUGUCGCUUGUGUGCACGUGGAUAAAGGAUAUUCUUUUGUCAUAAGGGAAAAUUACAAUCAUUUUAAUCACUUUUUUUACUAUUCAAAAACAAAAAAAGAAUGAAUUCCCUUCCCAUAAUUCCAAGGUAUUAAACUUAACAAGGCGGUCAGAGCCGAGCCUGAGAGGUGCAAAAAAUAUGAUUCUUCUCUAAAAGCUUUUAUGGUCGUUAAAGGCCAACUUAAAUUCUAACUGUACUGAUUUAGAUCCCUCCAAACCCCCUCCUCCAUCCCCAUCCCCCCCUCCUCCCCUCCCCUUCCCCCCUUCCCCCGUUAUGAUGGAUUACUCGUAGUCCACUGUAGUUUCAAUCCUGUCGAGCUCUUAACAACUUUUCUCUACCCCACACAAGUGACAUGACAAUUAUCGCGUGUUUUCAAUGCAUGUUAUCUUUCCCCUGAAGGAAAAGGAACAAUUUAUGUAUGGGCAACCGGGAACGGCGGUUCGGCUCUUGAUGAUUGCAGUUGCGACGGAUACACGUCAAGUAUACACACAUUAUCUGUGGGUUCUAUUAGUCCUGGAGGAUACUGCACAAGCUACGACGAAAAAUGUCCUUCUACCAUGGCUGUUGUUUAUACCGGGGAUGUUGGUUUAGGCAAGAGAGAAAGCUCUCGCAAUCUUGUCACUACGUCGUUGUUUGGUAAAUGCGUGGAGAGAUUUUCCGGGACAUCGUGCGCCGCCCCGCUCGCAGCUGGCAUUUUUGCGCUGGUUUUACAGGCAAAUCCUAACCUUACCUGGCGAGAUAUGCAGCACCUAGUCGUGAGAACAGCCAGAAAAAAUGAUCCUGAUGGCAUGUCGUGGAAGACAGUAAGUCAAGCUUUUUACCAGUAUCAUUGUGUGAGCUGUCAUAAAAUGAUCGGCAUCCAAAUUCUCUCUAAAAAAAAACAACUCUGGUCCCCACGCCCACGACCACUCCUUUGUUAGAAAGCUUUUUGUGGUCUGGGUUAAUCUAGUGCUAGAUACAUGAAGUAAGUGUGGGUAUUGUCGUUGAAAUCUUUAGCAUUUUUCGUUUGGCGUUUCGUUAAAAUGAUCAUGAACUACACAAUAUUUUACGAAGUUCUCUUGAGUAGAGGCAUUCUAACCUACGCUUGCGUGUUUUUAGAAUGCCGCUGGACACAGUUACAGUCUUUGCUAUGGUUUUGGAGUUUUGAACGCAAUGGAUUUAAUCAACAAAGCGAAGGACUGGAAACAAGGCGAUGAACAACUAACACAUGAGGUCCUAGGUCACCUGACUAGUGAAACCAGGAAGAUACCAUCUAAUGGAAUGUUGACUUUAAAGGUAAAAAUCACUUACCCUGGCAGAGAAAAGAAACGUGUAUUCGUUUCCAUCCCAGUUGGGGUUAUAACAGGCCCCUAUAGCGACUGGCAGUGAACGCAAAAAAGUAAAAAUACUAAAUACAUCUUUUUAUUCUCAGAUCCAAAGUACUAUCUUCAUGAGGGUAUCACUCUAUAACAACUCUCGCUUUUUCAAAGCAAGUCGUUGCGCUUGUCCUUUCAUAUGAAAAUAAAAUUUUCUUUACACGUCAAUUAAAGUUACUUUCGUACGAACUGGUUGUACAUAAGCAGCGUCGCUCCCAGGCUCUCUCUUCCUCCACCCAAACUCCCUGGGUACAACUUUGUUUUAAUAAAGAGGCCAGGUGGUCGGCCAGGUGAAACCCUGAAUUGGAUUAUUCUUAUAAGUGUAAGUCUAGCCUGCGAAGCUGGUCAAUACGCGCUGACGUGACGAUCCCUCCCUCUACCCGAGCAAGCUAGUUUAAGUCAAAUCAUAUCACCAUGAACGAUGAUCAAAAAGUUUUGACUCAAAAUCGUGUUGUAUUAUUUCUUUCUAAUCGUAGCUACGAAAUGAUGACGAAACUGUUGGUACAUUGGAACAUGUACAGUUGGUGCUUUCAGUAAGGCAUCGUCGUCGUGGCGACAUGGUGAUUGAGCUCACCUCCCCCCAGGGGACAACUUCGCAACUUCUAGCUAAAAGACCUCUUGAUGACUCUUCCAGAGGUCUUGACAAAUGGCCGUUCACUUCCGUGGAAUUUUGGGGCGAAAAUCCCCAGGGGAUUGGACUGUGAAGAUCCGGGAUGCUGAGGUAAAGAAGUUCGUCGGAAUCUGUUUCGGGAAAAAAGACGAGCGUUUCGCCCCUGCAACCAGGCUGUUUUGGAGGAAUUAGUAAUUUUUUUUGCCUGUGAGGGUUAUAACUAAGAAAUAGCAACAGCAGUCUAGAAAAUAUUUAAGAUGGUUCGAACGUAAAGAUAACUUGUUCAGCUUUUUUAGAUUCACCAAAAGGCAAGUGGUCAGUAUGGAUACGGUUUGUGCGUGGCACGAACAGGCGCAAAGGUUGGGUCGAGAGAGGUUACAAAACUGAACGAGUUUUGACAGGCAUAAAUUUCUUUUUAAACUGGGGAUUCACUGGAAUUUAGAAAAAAUAAUUUUGUCAAAAGCGGUCUCCAACAGGCUUUUUUUUCUUUUUCUCCUAGUCAAAGAACAGUCUCUCGCCAAGGAACGAAGGUCAAAAAUUAUUCGACGAGGAAAUCAGAGAUAGAAUAAGAAAUGAGCCUAAUGAUGUCAGUGACUUGUUCACGGACGGUUUCUUCAGAGAUUAUGAAAAGCCAGAGGGUUUUCAGCUCAGCGAUGAACCUUAUCUCCAGCAUGAAUUAGCUCACGGACGGUUCAAGGAAGAUUAUAUGGAGUUAAAGGCGGAUUCAAGCGAAACGAAGAGCGUUGCUUUUGAUGAGCCAGCUGCGAUGAAAGAUGACAAGGUAAUUUUUCUUUUUCAUUACUUCCCCUCAAGAAAUUAACACUACAGUGCAGAAGUUCGAAAGACAGACAGCCUGUGAGCAAGCUCUACAUUUUGGUAAUCACGACAGGUCAAUAGUUUUUAUAUCUUUAACUCCAGCGAUUUCCGAGUUUGCGCGCUUGUUAACCUAUACGUUUUUUCUGUCUCCUAUAGUCAACGAACGACGAGAAAAUGAAAAAUGCGCCUGACGGUGUCAAUGACUUCACUUACGGUUUCAAAGAAGAUUCCACGAAACUAGCGGAUGAAAUCAGUUAUCCACGCGAAUUAGCUCACGGACGGUUCAAAGAGGAUUAUAUGAAACUGAAAGAGGAUUCAAGUGAACCAAUCAACGUUGAAAGUGAUGAAUCCUCAUGUACACCGUCAGAAGACUUACAUGGGAAUAUAGCGGGCUGCCUGACUGAAUGGUCUAUAGUCAUGUAUGGAACAGCCUAACCGGUAUUCACGUCAACUUAGUUAACAAUCGAAUUCCGUCUUUCAGGCAGCCACCUAACCUCGUACCCGAAUCUCCUGCGGCCACUCACUUUUCAGCUUAAGACAGAGUGAGAUCUGGGUACGAGAUUAGCGGCCAUCCUUAAACUAGCGGCUAGGUACGAAAGUCCCGAUGACAAAAACUACUUUUAACUUACUGAAAACAAAAACGUUAUUAAGCGGCCAUUGCUUCAGCCUCGUUCCCAGAGCUUUUGCCCCCACUUAAUAGAGUGUUCACGAGGGGCUUGAAAUUAAACUGAGUUAUGGGGAAAAUUAUAAAUAAAUUGGACGGUUUCUUUACUAAUGAUCUCCAUUUUUUAAUCGAGGUUAGAGAUAAAACACAGCCCCCCCUUACCCCCCGCUUGCGCUGUUGCGCGGUCCCUGAAGUUGCGCCGGGAUUCAUGAGAUUUAUUCUAUUCUAGGGUCUAAAAGUGUGCUUGACAUGGCCGCGUGUAUCGGUCAGGGAGAGCUGGGACUGAGGCCACUUCUAGGCUUGGAGUGGCUUCUUUAUCUAAUGAAUCAGUCCUGUAGACCACCCUCCCCUGUGGCCGAGUGAGAUUAAAUAAGAAGGAUGUCGCACACUUAACCAUUCCCUUGCGUUAAGCCAUUUAUCGGUCACCAGACUCUCUAGCCUGAAUUUCAGACGAUUACUUCGAGUCGUUUUUACUCCUUCAGCGAGGUUUUACUCUCCUCCUGAGAGGGGAAAACGACUCGAAGCAAUCGGACGAAAUUCUAGCCUGCGUAGCAUGGUGGUUUUGUUUUGUCGAGUCGGGCGCACGAGCGGCGAAGACGCGAAAUUCGAGCGCGAAGCGCGCGAGAACGAGCGGCGCAGCUGUGACAAAAACAUAAACCAGUUGCUCCCGCCCCAAUCUCCUCGCGGUUUCUCUGCUCUCGCCCGCCUUUAUUGCUUAGCAAUCAAAACCGCCAUGCUACGCAGGCUCAUGAAAUUCAGGCUACUGACUACUCUCUGCAAACUGACCUAAUUCUAUGUGUGCGGGGGCACAACAGUGUCAUAUAUGAAGGAAAUUACAGUUUCUCGUUACUCUUUUUCACCGAUGGGAAUAAAAUGAAGCGGGUAAAAAGAAAAAAUCGCCCUCCUUUCCUUAAUUGGUCUCUUUUUAUUUUGAAAGCCAGUCGGGGUUUGGGAUAAAUGUAAUAUAGCUGUCUGUUAAACUGUGUAUACAUACGGCAUAGUUUUAAGCUAAAUUAAUUUAUCCUGGCUACUUUGUUCAUUUUUGGCAACAUUGAAGAAUAUUUAUGACUCCCGUUGUCAACCUUAUAAUCAAAACGGUGUCAAUUGGCAGACAUAAAAUUUCAAAAACGACAAUUUGAACUCGACAGCUUUCUAAGACAUAAUACAGUUUUCAAAAAUUGUCAUUCGUUUUAAUCUUCUUUAUUUCAUUUAUACGUGAGUCCUCUUUUGUAUUUCCCUGUUAUUUCAAUAUUCCCUCUCUGUUCUAAGGAUGACUUUUCAUAUUUUGUUCAGUUUAGUGAUAGCCAGUUUGAAAUGGCAGAAUUUGGCUAAAAUACGCGCUUUCAAAAUAUCCGCCCGCACCCACACAAAAAUCAUUUAGAGAUUAGUGCGUUUUUGAGCACCUGUUUUAUAGUUCCCUUUUAGUAAUUUAACUAUUGCAGCACCGAUCAUGAAUAAAAAAUUGAAUAUUCAUUUCGUAAUGUAUUUUUUUUAACAUGAAAAACAGUCAGUCAAAAGAAUAAACGAAAGAAAAGGUGAAUAGAAAUAAAAUGUCCCGAGUUGAACAAAUUCUCUUAUACCAGUUGUUGAAUAGUGUCACGCGAAAUAUUUUUGCUGAUUUUAGGAGAUGUUUUCUUGGUAUAGAGCUCAAGUUUACUGUUUAGAAUGUUUUCACUUUACCUAUGACAAAAUAAUAUUCAAUUUUUGUCUUUGAACGAACAAUCGAAAAGUUUGUCCCCUGUAUCCAAGUGAUUAAUCUAUUUGUCCAAUAAAGAUACGUCACGAAAUAAUGAUUUGAAGGUGAUAAAUAGGACCUUCUAUUAAUCGUAUAAACUCCAACGUUGUAGUUAACCAAAAACGUUUCCUUCAUUGUCAUUCAACCUUGCGGCGAUAAAAACAAUUUUUUUCCCUUUUUAAUACCAUUAUCGUUUAUACUUAUGAUGCAAACGCCUCACUAAAAAUGACGCAAUUCGCAAUUAACUUGUAAAUUUUAGAGUGAUUAUGCUGUGUUAAAACGACCUGGAGAUUAUGCAUAGUUGUUUGAAGUUUUCAGCUGGAGUUGGUUGUCUUGGUACAAUGUAUUAAGCAAGUAGGAGGACUGGCAAGCGAAACUAUCAAACAGUUCAAUAUUCACGGCGUAAAUUAUGACGCUCCGUUGCCUCUUGUAUGGCUUACUCUUAAUAGUAACAACACAUCUUGAUCAAAGCUUAGAGGAAGAUAGAACAGGUGACAAAAUUUACACAAACUCUUGGGCCGUUCAACUUGAUACGCACGAGAAAUUGGUGGCGGACGAUGUAGCGAGGAGCUUAGGUUUUGAAAACCGCGGUGCGGUAGCAAAUUUAGCUGGACAUUUUCACUUUGUUCAUGGACAAACUGGUAGUCGUCAAAAACGCAGUGCGGACCAUCACACUCAGCCCUUACUAGCGCACCCUCGGGUAAAACGGGCUAAACAACAAACGCUGCUUUUCAGAUACAAGCGAGGGUUCGAGGCCGUAGAGAAAACUCUUGCGCGUGUUAGACGCGAAGAACAAAACAGGGAAUACUUCGAUGAUCCAGAAUGGCCAAAGCAGUGGUAUCUUUACGAUAGUGGAUUUGAGGGAGCAAGCGGAAACUUGGGAGUUUUGGAAGCCAAUAAGCGUGGUUAUACUGGGAAAGGGGUAGUUGUUACUAUUGUCGAUGAUGGCUUGGAUCAUAGACAUCCGGAUUUAAGGGAAAAUUACGAUCCACAAGCUAGCUGGGAUAUUAACGGGAACGACGAUGAUCCCACACCGGAUAUGUCGACACUAGCCGAACUUGCUGAAAAUUCUCAUGGCACAAAAUGUGGGGGAGAAGUGGCAGCCACCGCGAAUAAUGAGAUCUGUGGAGUUGGAGUUGCACCUAACGCUUCCAUUGGCGGAAUACGAUUCCUUGACGGAGACGUCACGGACGUUACUGAAGCCCAAGCACUGGGCUUAAACUGUGAUUAUAUUCACAUCAAAAGUGCGUCUUGGGGGCCUAAAGAUGAUGGUAAAACAUUUGGCAAACCGGAAGCACUUGCCGCGGAAGCCAUUAAGAACUGCGCUUUGUACAGCAGACAAGGUUUGUGUUCAAGUAUUAUGCUAUCAAAUGUUAAACUAACAGAGGAAAGAUAAGGUUAAUUCUAGGUAUGUCAAGCGCAAAUUUGUAUCAGCUAUUCAGGUGCCGGGUUAAUUUGUCCUUUAUCCAAGGGUAGAUCUUCUCCGAUUGAUAAAAGUAAGAUAUGCGCAUAGUUGACUUUAAUCCUUACUGAUCAAGUUGUCAAAACGACAGCUUUUUGCAUCAACGAUUCAAUUACCUUAUACUCGGCUGAACCGUCUACUGUUUUAAAGAACCGUACCUAACUAUUUUCAACCCAGCUUACAAUCUUAAAAAGAAAAAGACAAUCAAAUCAAUGGCUUUCUCUAGAGUUUCUACAAAAUAUGAUACUGGGAACUACGAGAAGCACAACGCUUUCACAUUUAGAGUCAGUUGAGAUAUUAUUACAACCAUGCAGGUGCAUGGAAAAUUGUGCAUAAUAUUUGAAUGCUCCUAUUACAGGAAGAGUGAAUUUGAUAGCAAAGAGGAAGAGUGAAUUUGAUAGCAAAGAGAAGUGUCUUUUGAUAGAAAAGAUAUACUCGGUUCUUGUUUAAUUCUUCGCAUCAAUGAGGGAUAUUGUUUUAGUGUUCCUAUCAAAACGAACUACCUUGAAAUUCCCACUUUUUCUCGGGACUCUGUAAGUAACAGGUUGAAUUUUGAUCAAAGAAGAAAAUUAGAGAAUAAGCGGGGGUUUGAAAAGGGGAUGGCGUCAAUUGAUGAGUUUUAAAAUUACCACACGAAAAUUAUAUUUCAGUGAAAUCAUAUCUUCUUCUUAAUUUUUGUGAUAAGAUGUUUUAUACACCUUUUCCUUGUUUAUUUUCAGUACGUUUAAACCCACAGUCCCCAUUCACCUCAGUCCCGACAGACGCCUCUUUAUUAAUUUGAUCUCCAUCAUAUUCCUUCCCCUUGCGUUAAUGCGGAGAAGGAGAUAACUGCCAUUACGCUAUACUUGAAAUUUCUUUAAGGGAAUGAACUGACAAGUUGAAGUCUUUAGCCCUUAUUCUGUUAUUCGUGAACUAAGGUAAACUUGAAAACCGCGUUGAAUACGUUAAUUCAAUUCCUUAUCUCUUCAAACCUACGUGUAUUAGAGAUGUGUUUUCCUGUAGUAAUUUUUUGGGCUAUAAUAGGUCUAACCCAAGUCUAGACUUACUAAACAAAACUACAUCCAGCAGCGGCUUUUCGUUUACGCGACUACGUAAGAGAAACUGUCUGAUAGCAACUAAAAUUUGGCCUGAUGGCGGGUUAGGACUGUUGGAGAAAUCCAAAGCCUGUUGAAAUUUGGCUGGUUAGUACUCAAAAUUAGACUGAUCUCGAUCUGAGCAGAACAUCUCAAUCUUCUCAGUCGUUACUGUAAAGAAGCUACCUUCCCACCAUAAAGUAAUAGGGCCAUUUAUACGAGGAAAAAUAAGACGCGUCUUACAUAAGACGCGUCUUAAAUAAGACGCGAACUGUACCAUUUAUAUGAGUAUGUCUUAUCUAAUAAGACGCGUCUUAGCUAAGCCGCGUCUUAUUUUAGACGAAAUGUGCCGUUUACACGAAAAGUUCGCGUCUUAUUUACGACGCGUCUUAUGUAAGAGGUGUCUUAUUUUUCCUCGUAUAAAUGGCGCUAAUAUCUUUUUCGGGAGCACACGCGUUGAUGUGACGAGUCUGUCCCAUUGUGACAGCCGAGAUGGUAGGUCUUGCCUGGUAAGACUGGUUUCUCUCUCUAGCUGGUCAUUGAAUGUUGCUGCUAGGCGCUCCCUUGAGCGUUUGCCGUGUUUUGGUUCCCAAAGUAGUUUUUCAGGAUACGCUCUAACAAAAGGAUCAAACCCUGUCGAUUUUCUCGCCUUUCAUUUAUCCUCUUCAGUCUUCCAUGUUCAGAGAAAAAUUGUAAUUUGCGCAACACAAAUAACUUCUUUUUUCUUCAAAAAAACAAACCCAUACGAUUAAGGUCGUUAGAACUUUACAACGCUUUUGACCAAACUAUGGAAAAAUAUUCUGCAGAUUGGGAUAAAAGCCAAAAGUAGACCUGUCCUGGUCCCAUUAUACCACUGAGUUUAGACUCCAGUCUUGGCUGUUUAACGUAAGCCGCGACAUGAAACGCAUAUCAGUAGACCUCACCCCCUCACUCCCUGGCGACACGAAUGAUUUUCGUUCUCGGGCUAUGCUCGGGGGAGUGUACGAUUUGCGGGAAUAGCAGCUACCCUUCUGGCGAAAGGUCCUUAGGGCGAGGGGAGGGGAGAGAAGGCUGUUUUUUUAAGGCUACAUUUAUUUCCCUUAAAAAAUGGGAGGGUGGAAACCCGGGGGGGGGGGGUGUUACUUGGCUUACUUUUUGCUGGGUAUGUGCCGCUGGCCUCUCAUAACCCCUACUCCAUUAUAGUCUAUUCUGUGGCCAUAUUAUAGACCCCAUCUUAGUCAGUUAGUCACUUUGGAAAAAAUAGGAAGUUUCGAAAUCUUAAAUUAGUCACUUUCCGAUUGUGAAUCUACCUCAUAAAGCCUUUUAAUUUAAUCAUCCUGAUACCAACUGACACAUUUGUUAAACUUAAUGUGGUGUAAAUCUUCCUAUUUUUAAAUCCCUACAUACCCGAAUUCAUGUUCUGACGGCCAAAAUCCGGAAAAUGUGCAACCUCACUCUAGUAUCUCUUACAAAAAUGCAACUCUAUAAUAGUCAAUCCAGUCGCCUACUACUAGGAAGUAUCCCCCCCGGGGGGGGGGGGCAGGGAAAAUCUCUGGGAGCCAGGUUGAAGAAGCUACGUCUAUGAAUUUGCGCUUUAUUUUUCAUAAGCGGUUUCUCAGUCAAUAAGAAGUAUUCUUUAUUUUUCUCAAGGUAAAGGAACUAUUUUUGUCUGGGCAAAUGGGAACGGCGGCUAUAACCUGGACAAUUGCAACUGCGAUGGAUACGCGUCAAGUGUAUACACAUUAUCUGUGGGUUCCAUUAGCCCUGGAGGUUUCUGCACGUUUUACGACGAAAAUUGUCCUUCUACCAUGGCUGUCGUUUAUACUGGGGAUGUCGGUGCAGGCAAGAGGGAAAGAUAUGCCAAUCUCGUGACCACAUCGCCGAAAGGGCACUGUGUGGAUUCGUUUUCUGGGACAUCAUGCGCUGCGCCACUUGCUGCGGGAAUUUUCGCACUGGUCUUAAAAGCAAAUCCCGACCUUACCUGGCGAGAUAUGCAGCACCUGGUUGUGCACACAGCCAGAAAAAAUGAUCCUGAUGGACUUUCAUGGAAGACGGUAAGACCACCAAAAAAAACACCUAAAAAUGAAAUAGAAUUAACGUGCAACGCAUUUUUUUCCGCGCAAUUCAUAAAUAAAGUGCGAGAUAGGAAAUGAUCAGCCAAUUAUAAAUAAUUGUUUGCAAAGACUUGAGACUCACUCAGCAAUGUUAGAUUUCAAAGCGCUCACUUUAAUCGGAUUUCCCACAAACCGAUCACAUCCCAGCUGCGAGACUUUUGGUCAGCUGAGCUAGGAUCACUUGCGCGCCCGUUUCGCUGAAAAAGUAUAUUUUCGGCUCUGGGGACGAGACUGAUUCUAAAAGGAGAAAUUAAUCUAAAUCUUAAUAACGACCUUACGUACUAGUUUAACGGAUCUGUGCACCGUUGUGCAUUUUUAGAACGCCGCUGGACACAGUUACAGUCUUUGCUAUGGUUUUGGAGUUUUGCACGCAAUGGACUUAAUAAACAAAGCGAAGGACUGGACACAAGUUGAUGAACAACUAACACAUGAGGUGCCAGGUCACCUGACUCGCGAAACCAGGAAGAUACCAUCCAAUGGAAUAUUGACUUUGAAGGUAACCCACCACAAACACGAGUCGAGUAUUUUUACUAUCUCUUGGACUGUUCCUUUUUUUUUCUUUUUUUAGUAGGCUCGAGGUGCUGUAGAUUUGUUUGAAUUUGUUUAGCUUGGGUUUCUCACCUUUCUAAUAACUCAUGUUAUUUUGUCUCUAAAAAUAGCUCACCAAUGAUGACAGGACUAUAGGAAAUCUAGAGCACGUGCAGCUAGUGUUCUCAGUUCUCCAUCGUCGAAGGGGCGACAUGUCAAUUGAGCUCACUUCUCCCCAAGGGACAACUUCUCAGCUGCUGGCUACGAGGCCGGCUGAUGACUCUACCCACGGUCUUGAUCGAUGGCCUUUCACCUCUGUCCAAUUCUGGGGAGAAAAUCCCAGCGGGGAGUGGACCCUGAAGAUUCUUGAUCAACAGGUAGAGAAUUCAGUUCAAGUUCUCGGUAAAUAACUAAAUAUGGUCUGACUUGGAAAAAACUGUACUUUCUCGAUUAAACGUGGCCACGAAUAAUUAAGUGAAAAUUGCGCGUAAGUCUCACAGCUUGAUUCAUUUAACAAUCGGAAAAAAUAUGUGAUCAUUUGUGCUUUCUGUGGGGAAAAGAGCAAUAAAACACGAUGGUAUUUAGAGGUGUAUCUCCGUGUUCGGUCAGAUAGGUACAAGAAAAUUCCCCAAAUCGUACCUGUUUUGACCCCCCAUGCAUGGGUACGGAUUUCGUGAAAGUUUUUUUAUCUCUUUUUGACUUAAGACUAAGAUGUCAAACAUAUCAAUCAUUUCGUUAAUGAACUUUUUCUCUGUUAGUCACAGAACAGCUAUUCUGCCAGAAAUCAACAAGACAGAAAAUUUGACGAGGAAACAUCCAGACUGGCAGAUAACGAGCCCAUGGUUCAAAGCGACCUCACGCAUGGACGCUUUAAAGAAGAUUAUAUGACUCCAGAAAAUGAGGUUUUCCAGCGGGGAGACGAACCUAAUUUCCAGCGGGAAUUAAAUCACGGACGAUUCAAGGAAGAUUAUAUGAAAUUGCAAGCGGAUUCAAGUGAACAAAACAACGUUAAAAGUGAUGAGCCUCAGUGUACCCCGUCGGAAAACUUGGAUGGAGAUGUCGCAGGUUGCGUCACUGAAUGGUCUAUAGUCAUGUAUGGUACUGCUUAGCUUGACAAUUUUUUCGGAAUGUUAAGCGGGGAAGGAAGGUUGUACCAGUUUAAAGGCUAUUAAAACAUGAGUCAAGAAGAAGUUUUUUGUUUAUUUACGUUUCAUUUAUUCAAUUAUGGAAAAAUAUAUUUAUUAACAGUCCGACCUCGUUAAUUCGGACAAAUCAGUACCCAGACCGGUUACCGUUUUGAGGUGGUGUUAUACUUUUACCGACUUUUAAAUACAACACAAUCGUAAGUUAGCUUGAAAAAAAAUAUACAACAAGAUCGGGGCAGGAAGAACAGCAACAGGGUGGCAUGGGGUAGGGAGUGAGUGAGUGAGAGCGGAUGAGUCUCCUUCGCUGUUUCUUGACAUUGCAGAAAAAUGCGAGCAUAAAAUGACCAAAAACAAAAGCGGACUAACCAAUGCAUUGCUACACAGUUUGCUCUCAACACCAACAAGAAACAACCCUUGAUCGUGUUAGACAGAUGAUCUAGGCGAUCUGUAACUCAAUACUUCUUCCUCUCUUUUUAGGAAACCGUUAAGCAAUUAGGCUAAAUAUUUCCCUGUAAAUAUAAAAUACUCCAAGCCCUAGAAAAUUUCUAAAUUAACUUUCUACCGAAAAAAGAAUCCACAUAUUUGGUUAUUAAGUAAGAAGGUUUAUUCAGGAGUAUGGAUACAAAUUCUAGUUCAUGACUAACAGUAAACUAACCUACUCAGUGCUGCCCCUUAAUCAAGAGCCAUAAUCGAGGUAAUCCUCCGAUUAUGGCUCAUGUUAUAUUUGUCAUGUAAAACAAUAAAAAAAAACCUUGGGUUAGAAAGCUGAACAGGAAGGAAGAAAGGUUAUAAUAAAAAAAAUUCAGAAGCACUUUGUUCGUCUCUUUUAAAAGUGAGCUAAGUUCAUCUCGGUUCUGCUUUUACCCGAAAACAAACGAGUACUCUAUUCCUGCUGCCUCCUCUUGUCUUGUUUCCGGGACAUCUGAACGGCAAGACUCAAAACUUUACAAGAAAAAACACUGGAAAGCCAGCAGCCUAAUAAACAUCUGCGAAAACAUUCUAGCACAGUUGUUGUAACUGCAAAAACAAACCUAUCCCAUCUGGUUAUUUAACACUGAACAUUAAAAACUACUUCAUGAAGUGUCUGUAUAGCCUGCGAGACCAUCUGGGUUUUUCGGCUCUAGUUUCACCCGGAGGGAGAGAAGCGACGAGCGGUUCGCAGGCUAGUGUUUGUAUCACUUAAGAUUGUUUGUCGGGUUUAAUAAACUCAAACUGCUGUUUACUGAACGGCUUUGAAAGCUUUGUUCCAAUAUCCACCUUAUUAAUCCUUGAAAGGGAAGGGGAGUUGGCUGUGGAUUGUUUUUUUCCUUGCUGGCAAAUUGACUAAUCUCUCUCAGGAUACAAUACUCGCACAAGACAAAAAUAACGGAGUACUUCGCUUAAAUUGCUUACAUGAUCAGACAGAGUAACUAUAAUAAAUAUUGAGUUUAAUGUAAUUCUUUUGUUCCGUUAAUUUUGGCUCUAAUUCAAGGGUUGAAGUUUUUGGCUUCUAUAUAAAGGGCUGGUCCCUGCAUGAGAAGCAUUUGUAGCCUUAUAAUUUACUAACACCAUCCAACAAUAAGAAAACGAUACCGAGUCCAUUGAAAGCCGGGAAAAAUUAAUGAUCGAAUUAUCAUUUUAAAACUAAAAACAUUAUUGUACCAUCACAGAUUUUUUUUCUCCGUAUCUCCUUGCGCUGUCCCGGCCACGAUCUGAACGCCUGCAACAGGCUACAUCACAGAAUUCAAAGUAAAUUAUAUUCCGAACAGUUUUUACAAACUAAUAGUUACACUAUAAAUUUUCAAAUGAAGCUGAUCGCCAGGUUGUUGUCCUUAAUAUUACAACAAGCGAAUAUUUACACGGUUGGAGUUACAGCAAAGAUUGGGCUAUUGCAUUUAAAAUCCGUACCCCCCGGUUGAGGACUUACCUUUUCUUCUUACCCCUUAAGAUUGGCUAAAAUUGCUUUCACCCCUGAAGACUUCCAUAAAAUAUGGGUUCACCCCUGAAGAAUUGGGUCAUACCCCUGGAGAAUAUGGGUUUACCCCUGAAGAAUUUUGUGAAAAUUAAGGCUUCACACCCAAAGAAUGCCAUAUUUUUUAACUCUAACCCCAAAGAAAUCCUCAAUUUUUAUAACUUACCCUGGAGAAUUCCAUGGUUCCUCAACCGGGGGGGGGGGGGGGGGUGCGGAUAUUAAAUGGAAUAGCCCAUUGUGAAUUUUAUGUAUUAACUAUAGAGAAUGCCAGUUCGGCGGGGAAUUGAACACGAAUUGCAAUCACUCUGCCAAUUACUUUCGUUCCCUAGACCUUGAUCGACAAAAAUGUAUAUUUACUAUUAUUUUUAAGGUCAUAAUAAGUAGUCUUUUAUAAAAUGCCUAUUCACUUUUCCUUCGUGGACCAUUUCUUACCUUUGCUUUUUAAAACCGCUGCCGGCAUUUCCUUUUUUUGAACCGGGAGCGUUAGUUGCAAUGGGCGGAUAACCUCUGUUUCUCGCGUUUACGAUACAGAAAGCCGAAAACUACCGUGGAAAGUGUUUGUUUAUCGAAUAUGAAUCAGAGUAUCGAUAUAACUAGUGGGAAUUAAGUCGCUACCAAGGUCAUCAUUAACCGCUCGUUGAUAAACGUGUAGUUUCAAAAGGAACCUUUGUAUUGCAUAGGUCGGUGAAUGAAAGAAGAAAUUCUGACAUGAAUUUCAAAGCUUAUGUUUUGAAAACCUUCAGAGUAGAAGGGCUUGUUGAAAUGGCCCAGCCCGCUUUAUUUACUGACUUCGGUCUGACUUCGGUGAUUUAUAAACUUCUUGCUAGUGUUGCCUCAAACGAUCUCAAACAAUCUGAGGCAAAUCCCUCGCCAAUUACUCGCUUAUUGUUCACAUGUGCGUGUGCUGUGGUCAAAUUAUCGCCGAUAUAAAAAGAGGGUAUUCCGUAAAGAUUUGCGAAGACUGGAUUAUUGUUCUUUACGCCAAAAUAUAUUCAACUGCAAGCAUUCAUUUUCGCUUUCGCUUCGGAAACGUAAACCCGUUAAGUUCUUAAUGUUCAUCGUGGCAGGCAGAAUUAAGCGACACAUUAACUGAAACCGAGAAAAUUUAGCAACUAUCAGUCACUAUUAGACUUUUAUCUGGUAAGCGAACUCGUGGGACUGUUCUUUGCGCGCGAGUCUUCUGUACGGUGACAGUUAUAUUAAUUUUUUUUCUUCUUUUUUUAAUGUAGUUUUAAACUUUGUCUCGUCGUUAAUAUUUCAUGUAAUGGGGGCCGGUCAGAUCAUAAGUGAAGAGAACAAAGCUUAAAUAACAUCAAAAGAGAAAGAGUGGGCUUAAUGAACUCAUAUCGAUUUAAUCGCAUUCCGGUCCACAUUUUGACGGCUUUUUUGUAUGAAACAGAAAACUGUUCAGUGUUCUCUGUCAGUCCACUAGAAACGAUAUUUUUUGUGCGUUGAGUCUCCUGUACAACAAUCCCGAAAAGGAAGACGAAAGAAACUUGGUUUUCUUGUCAAGAGUUAUGAUGCGAAGAGUCUGAAUAUGAAUUCGUUUCUUUUGCGGCAAUCGUCCUCAAUAGAAGACCAAAAUAACCUCUGUCUCCAUGACGCAUAAACGUGAUUGAUUGUUUGAACAAUCGUGAAACUGAACAUCUGCCACGACCUAUGUUUUUCUGCUCUAAUUUAUAUUUCACUGAGUAAAAAAAAUCAGUUAUAAUGCCACGGAAAACGUUUUCGACUUUGUAAAAUUUGGAGAACACUCUGAAACUGUCCUUUAAUUUCCUUGUCCGUUAUUUCUUCGAGUUGAUUUAGUUCUGAGAUACGUUUCUGAUCCAAAGCUUUUUUCCGUUUUUCAACUGAGUUUACAGUUAAAUUGUACCUUCUGUAAUCUAAUACUUUGAAAACACUGCUUGUUUCUAUUUGUAUUACUUUUUUUAUAAAAUAAAAUAAAAAAAUAAUACAAAUAGAAACAAGGGGUGUUUUCAACGAAAAAGAGGGCAAGACUAAAACAUAAAUUUAUAUAUUUUUAUUGCAUGUGCCUUGUUUUGCUUUAAACUUUGAAGUUUCAAUUAUUUCUGAUGACCCUCUAGACAGCUGAUGAGCAAUCUUUGCUUUUUCCUAUUUGCAUUUUCUCGAUAAGUUUCCGGAUUUAAUAAUUUCUUAGCACCCACUGGUUUUAAAUUGGAAGUCCGUAUCUACCAAUCAGAUCAAAGGACGAAAAAUUUAGGAUAUACGAUGAAAACAAUUUACGCAAGCCAUAUAUUUUAAACCCUUUUGUAGCUUUGACAAAUUUUCUUUUUAUUGGGUGAAAUAUUAGUUUCAAACGAUACCGUGAAGGCAAUUUACGAUCUUUCAAUACCAAAAGGAAGGCAAUUUUUUGCUUCAAAGCAUAUCUGCUCCUCUCCCACCCCCGGUGAAUUUUGUGCGAGGGUGUUGGGCAGCCAUUCAGCAUAAUAAACAACUUUCCUCGCGAGGGAUAUAAGAGGUCGACUUCGAAGCGGUUGGUGUUUUCAGAAGUUAGGAACGGAGGGCGCCGUGUGAGCUUCUCUCAAAUGAUUCUCAGAACACUGAUGUUAAGACUCCUACUUUUUGUAGCAGUUUUAACGGUAACAGCUCACCAGAAUGAAAAUUAUGAAGAAGAAUAUCGAAGCGAUCAUAUCGGAGAGCUUCUCGAAGAAGGCAAGCCAGUGUACACGAACAUUUGGGCAGUGGAGCUUGACGCCGAUGACGAUGAUCUUGCCGCUAAAAUAGCGAAAAGUUUUGAUCUUACACACAAUGGAAGAAUCGGUAAUAUGCCAGGAGUUUUCGAAUUUGUACAUGAAGGCACGAAUUCCCGAUUGAAAAAGAGAUCUCUUGAAAGAACACAACAACUCACCGAUCACCCUAGAGUGAAAUGGGCUGAACAACAACGCGUACUCGAGAGGACCAAGAGAGAUUAUCUAACGCACGAAUACUUGAGAGAAAAAGAAUUAGAAAGAAAGGUUCGCGAGGAGAAGUAUAAGAGGAUUUUCAACGACCCUGGAUGGGAAAAGCAGUGGUAUUUACUAAACUGGGGACAGAAUGAUGAACACUUGGUAGGCGCCGAUAUAGAAGUCUUAGACGUUUGGCGUCGCGGUUUCACUGGAAAGGGAACUGUUGUGAGUAUUCUUGACGACGGAUUAGAUCACACACAUCCUGAUUUGAAGAGAAACUACGAUAAAAACGCAAGUUAUGACUUUAAUGACAACGAUGACGACCCAUUUCCAAACGACAGUGAUCCUUACAACGCUCACGGAACUAAAUGCGGUGGUGAAGUUGGAGCUCAAGAAGAUAAUGGAAUAUGCGGAGUGGGAGUCGCUUUCAACGUUAAUCUUGGGGGCGUUCGUAUGCUUGACGGAACAGCGACGGAUAAACUUGAAGCUAGCGCUUUGAGCUUUCAAUCUGACUAUAUCGACAUCUACAGUAAUUGUUGGGGUCCAAAAGACGAUGGGAAAACGUUCGGUAGACCGGGGCCGCUUGGUCAAAAAGCGUUCGCAGAUGGCGCGAAGAAGGGCCGUGGAGGUAAGUUUUACGUCUAAAUAUUUCUUAUGAACUUGUAUUUCUUUAAAACUUUUUGUCAUGUACGAUGGUAAGGACAGUAAAUUUUUUUUAUGAAUGUCCGAUUGGGGCGAAUCGGGCAUAAAAUUGUAUUACUAAAAUGAACGAGGUUGCCCUGGUCACAUUUUGAUCUGUCUUAAGCAUGCAUACGCCAAAUGUCCCUCUUAGUAUUCGGAAACUGCGGUCUUCAGCGCAUUAAUCAUUUAAAAGCUAAUUUUUGAUCCUAAAAAAAUAGAAAAUUUGACAUAAUACUAGCGACUUUUUUGCAAGAAAUGGAACCUUGAAAAAAAGAUUGAGAAUCCUUACUAAUUUAUUUGGUGUAUAUUCAGAAAUUUAAGUGCGAAAAAUCAAAAUUGUGACAGGAAAUUUUUUUCCUUAUUUACAUUUAAGUGGGAGUCUCUAUUGAGAUUCUUUGACGUAUGUUAUGUCGUAAAUUUUCCUUUUCCUUGUUUUUUAACUUUUGUUUGGUUAUAAUGUGAUUUCAUCGUCGUUAGAUAGUACUAUGGAGAAAAUUCAUAGCUUGAAACACUCCCUAAAUAUGUUUCGAGUGUAUUAUAUAACGGGCGAAGUUCGCCUGGCUUUUAGAAAAGGUUAUAAAAGAUCAGGUUAAUGUUGAAGUAUAUUAUCCGUGGCAUCCAAUACAAAUUAAUUUUUUACUCAACUAGUUCUUAUACUUUCCAAGCUUAUAGUUAAAAGGAAUCCCGAAUUAGAUUUAAAAAAUGAAAAAAAAAAGCAAAAACAAAAAAACAAAACAUUAAGGAUGUUUUAUGAAUCCCAGGGGGAUGAUCUAUAGGGGGCAGAAAUCAAAGCCCCCCCAAAAUCUCUUGAACUCCCAUCAAAACCCCCCAAAAAUCCCCGGACCAGAAGUCAACUGGAACUCCCAAAAUUCUGAGCAUAAAAAGUUUCCAUCAACGGUUAAUUUACUUUAAGAUGCAAAAAAUGAUAAUUAAAUGUUACUGUGGUUGUUUGUUCAUCACACUAUGUGUAUUUUAUUUUUAUUCUCAUCUUGAAGUUAUUUCAACAAUGCCAAAAUACUCCCCUCUUUGGACAAAAUCCACUUGGAGGUUUUGCUGACAAGCAUUAUUCCCAUAGUUUAUCAGCUAUAGUGAUGGUUAUUUCUAUGGUUCACAUCUGAGGGCAUUUAUUAACAAAAGCUUUCACUGUAAAAUUGAAAACAUUUGCGCAAGGUGAAUGGGGAAAGUAAAACCCAGCUGGAGGAAUAAAUCAGCAUCAUUGGUGGAAUGCCAAUAAUGCCGAGAAACAGCUUGUAUUGAACAGUGCGUCACAGUUCUCUUCUUUAACUGUUUGGUUUGUUUAUACCAAGAAAUUGUGUCUUGAGAAAAAAUAAAGUAAAUUACUCAAUCAGUUAAUUAAUUAAUUUGUGUUCCAUCUUCUGUUCAGGUAAGGGUUCAAUUUAUGUGUGGGCGACUGGUAAUGGAGGCCUAGCCGAUGAUGAUUGCAAUGCAGAUGGUUACACUUCAAGCAUUUACACCAUUUCAAUUGGUGCUGUCAGUCGAUAUGGCCUUUCGACGUAUUAUGAUGAGCAGUGUUCUUCUACCAUGGCAGUAACUUUUACAGGAGACACUCAUCGUGGUGGGUCCAGUGAGGCAGAUCUGGUCACCACUGAUCUCCAUCACAAAUGCACUGCACGGUUUCGUGGCACAUCAUCAGCAGCACCUUUGGCCUCAGGAAUUUUUGCUUUGGUUCUUGAAGCAAACCGAGAUCUGACCUGGCGAGAUCUGCAGCACCUAGUGGUAAAAACAGCAGUCAAGACCAGUCCAGAAGAUGAUGGCUGGAUCAAAAAUGCUGCUGGUUUGUGGUUUAACCACAAGUUUGGUUAUGGUCGUUUGAGUGCUAGCAAGUUGGUUAGCGAGGCACUAAAAUGGAAGUCAGUUGGGGAGCAGCAUAAGUGCAUCGUAAAUGGCUCAUUUGAUAAUGGCGAUAUCAUUCCACUUAGUGGCACUUUAGAGCUUACUCUUCAAACAGAUGGUUGUAGAGGCAGCAACAAUCAUGUCAGAAAAUUGGAACAUGUUCAAGUCACAGUCAGUUUUAGGUUGUCCAAGGCAUUCCGUGGUGAUAUUAGCAUUGAUGUCAUCUCACCGGGCAAUACAAAAAGCACCUUGCUCUCUGUUCGCCGCCUGGACAAAGACACAUUUGGGCUGACUAACUGGGACUUCAUGACUGUCCAUCUAUGGGAUGAGUCACCAAGUGGAACUUGGAAACUGCAAUUUCAUCACAAAAAACAAGAUAUUACCCAAGGACUCAACAGGCACGACAAUGACAUUGAAGAGCGAGAAAAAGUUGAGAUCCAGCAUGACCUUUUGAAAGCACGCCGAGAUGAAAUUGUAGACGACUACAACAAUUAUCAUGAUGAAAUUCAUCAUGGACGCUUUGGUGAAGACUACAUGCGUGAUCAAGUUUUUCCAGUUUCCCAGGACGAAGGUGAGUUAGAUAGUCUACUAACAGAAGAAGAUGAAGAAGAAGAUUCUAAGAAUGCCUACGCUGGUAGGGUAACAAAGUGGGCUUUGACCCUUUAUGGAACUGGUGAAAAGUAGAGCUUAUUAAUAAUACCUUGAUGAUAUCGUUUUCUGUUGAUGAAAAGAUUGGUAAAUACAUGAUAGCAAAAAGUAGCCAAUUCUAUUUUUUGAACAAAGCAUUAAAUAUUUACUGUUAUUAAUUUAUUAAACAUGGCUUUUAUUUUGAUACUGGAAUAUUAUCAAUAUAAUUUUAGCUUUUUGGUUAGUGAGUGAAUUUAUUGCCUAUUUAUUGGAGUGAGUGCUGCAAUGAACAGCUGUGAUGUUAAUUUUAGUCGUAAAAGCUACUGUCAAUUAAGUUUCCAUUCCCUUUUAACUAUGCGUCACCGACGUCAGUGACAGUUAAAUGUUUUACAGUCAAUUGCAGUCAAGCCCCACUUCACAGACACCACAUUAUUACAAACAAUUUGGCUUGACACCCUUUUAAUACGCCAGCGAACACUUUCUAAGGCCCCCUCAGUCUCCGUAUUAACGGGGUUUGACUGCAUAUAAGAUGUAACAUGUAUUUUGACUAUAUCAGAGUUUAUUUGAGUAUGAUUGUCUGGUAUGAAUUCUUUGGUUGCACAGUUGCACAGAUAACUCUUAUUUUCAUUAUUUCUCUUUAAAAAGUAGAAAAAUUUGUUCAUCACUGCAGGACUCAGUCAAGUUAAUAAGGAGUGGUCGUGUUUUAACAAGUAGUUAGUAUCUAGUGUGUACAUAAAGGUAAAUUAGCAUUUUGAGGAGUUGUAAUGUUGCAUGUUUCAAUAUUUGCUAACAGUUUUUCCCUAUAAGUUAUUUUGCCAAACUGUCUACUUACUACUACUCCUUUGCAGCUAGAGCCCACAUGAUCUUUCUCAUGCCAAAGUUACUUUAUACCCCAGGGGGGGCUGCGGAUUUCAAGUAACAGUGAUGAUCAAUAUGGAAUUUUUUGGGGUUUGAAAUUUUCAAUUCCCAGAUCUUUUUGGGUAGGAAAAUUUGGCAAGUAUUUUGUUGGCUUGAUUUAAGUGGGGAGUUUUUGGGGGUGUUCAGAACAAUCUGAUGCCCUAGGGAUUGUUUUGCUUUCGAUUUUUGCCCCCAUUUGAUCCUCCUGGUCACUUGAAAUCCAGAGUACCCCUAGGGCUUGAUACAACUUUUAACAUGUUAGAGAGAGAAAGAACAUAAAUAAUAGCAUUUCUGACAGUUUGAAUACUGGUAAUGAAGAUGCUACAACAUUGCCAUUAUGCCUUUUGGUCUGGCAGUUUUUUCCAUACAAUUUGCCAGAUGUCCUAACAUCUUUGUAAUGUCUCCACAGACAUCUUUAAAUUGGUUUUCUGACUUAUUUCCUCGUGUUUUUUCAUCCCUGAUAUUAUUUAAGUUGUAUCCCAUAUUUUUGCACAGGAAAGGUUUUGUGAUAGCAAGCUACAAAGGGUAGUUCCCUGUGGAAGUGAGGCUUAAGUUAGAUUUGUUUUAGUACACACGGCUGUGUUUCUCGUGUAAAUGCAGUUCUCAGGCUAAUUUAUUCACAUACAUCGCAAGAUUUCUCUUUAACAAGCAGCUUAAAAAUGUCAAGUUUCUAAAAACGUCAAUUCCACUUGCUGUUCAAGCACACAAAUAUUAAUUUUUACAUCAUUAGUUCUAAACUAAUGUAGUUUGUUUAAUCAACUGAAUGCUAGAUUGCUGGAAAACAUGUCAAGAAUUGUUUGUUCACUCCAGGUGUAAUAACUUUAGAAGUUAUGUGGUUCCAGAAAAUAGCUGUAUUUUUGGCAGGGAAUUGUGUAGGGGAAGGAAGUAGACUGUGCCACAUUUGAAACUAAAUAAGGUGAACUUUUCAGAGGGGUCAGUGAUUUUGUUACCUCUGCGUUCUAUAUCUAAAAAUCCAAAUAAUUCAUGGCAUGCAUCCCGUAGGAUGCAGAGAUUGAUCAAUCGUUCCGAACAUGUGCAUUUGUAGAAAUCUCCCGUUCCAUAUAAUUUCUGUGGCAGUUGUUAUGGCUGUUGUUUAACGAUGCAUAUUUCUUUUAGCCUUUGUUGCACUUUAAAAUAGAAGGACUAUAUUUUAAUUUCAGUAUACCUUAAUACAGAGCUUUGGAGUCUGUCUUCAGAUAAACUGUCUGGUUACAUAAAGGCCUAAGCAUUUUCAAUUUCGGACUAGUUAUUUUAACUGGAACUCAUGAUUUUCUCAAGAUGAGUCCCAGGACUCACCAUAACUAUUUGUAACAAAAUCACUGAGGGGUGGAGGAGAUGCUCAAGGCAAACAUCGUCGCUUCUCUCCGGAAAUAGCGUCUCCCUGGGAUACCUGAUAUCUUCUGGAACAGCACAUCAGCAGAGGCAUGAAUCUAAAGUAAUAAAUUCUUCGUGUAGUUGUUAAAUUAAUUUUCACAAAGGUAAAAAGUAAGUUAAUAUAUACAGGUCUACUCAUAAAUAAGAAAGUAAAAAUAUGUAAAUAACCCAUUUCCUUGUAAACAGUGCCCCUCUAAAAUUUAUUGUCAGGUACAAUAACAUUGUGAAUGUUCAAGCUGUUACAAAAUAAAUGUGGGCAAAGAGUUGAAGUAAAAUAGUGGACUGCAAUAUAUUUAUGAAAAGAAGUGGGUUCAUAAAAUAAUAUCACCAUCAUAUUAAUUUACUGAGAGCAACUAAAUUAAUAUAAUUGUUUAUUUUUAUGAUCUUUGUUAAUUGUAUUGUUGUAAGACAACAUCUUUACACUUUCGCUCAGAAAAUGUGCACUCUCCUAGAUGACCCUCUACCAAAGUUUGAUAACAAUUUAGAAAUGCUGUUGUUGCACCACGUGAGUGGAAUUCUUUUUGUUAAGGUAUCAAUUUCAUCCUCUCCUGCUGAUGAGUGACAAUAAUAAAUAUUACUAAAUUUAUUGCAAUGGUUUGGGUUAGGUAAGUACAAAUUUAAUUAAUAUAAAUUGCUAAUAACCCUUGGAAACUUAAGUAAAAGGUACAGGUAUGCUUGUCAGAAAAUUAAAAACUUUUUUACUCCAACCCUUGAGGGUUUAGCAAUCACCAGAUGAUGCAAUGCGAGAGAUUGAAAAGACACUGAAUAAUCCCCCACAGCACAAAACAAUAGCUAAUCAACAAUAGUUUCUGCAACACCAAGAAACAUCCAAAGUCUGUGAUUUACAGCCCCAUGCCAAGGAAGACAAUGAGCAUUCCACUCCUUUCACAUGAACGUUGUCUAGGGAGUUAAUAACUGGUAGCCUUAAUAAUGUAAUAGUAGACUGUGAACAGUUUCUUGGUAAAGGAUGAAAAAUCGGCGGGCGAGGUAGAUAAGAAAGGGUCCCUUAUCCCGCUGGUAUCCCUUCUCUCAGUCCAUGCUUGCUACAGGAGUCCGUUCACAGGCGGACCAGACACUCUCCAACUGGUCUUACUGUGCAACACACUGUUAGCAAACUUCACUGCUGCCAUAGCUGAAUAGAAUAGUUCUAACUUUUCGUAACAUCUGUAACACGUUUAUCUCUGAAUGCUAACAUUAAACCAGGAUUAC